CUGGCUGACGUUGACAGUCUGGAGGACACUUCCUGAUGCUGGCCCGGGUCUGGCUAGGCUAGCUAACAGAUUUGAUUUUCACGGUUAGGGGAAACCUGUGAAAUACAGCGUGGUCAAGUCGUCUGAUUCAGUGGUGGGAGCAGAACAGGUCGGACGGCACCAUGAACGGCCAGCUGGACCUGAGUGGCAAGCUGAUCAUCAAAGCCCAGUUGGGUGACGACAUCAGACGCAUCCCUAUCCAUAAUGAAGACAUCACUUACGAUGAGCUGGUGCUGAUGAUGCAGCGUGUCUUUAGGGGCAAGCUGCAGAGUAACGACGAGGUUACCAUAAAAUACAAGGAUGAAGAUGAUGACCUCAUCACCAUCUUCGACAGCUCUGACCUCUCCUUCGCCAUCCAGUGCAGUAGAAUACUCAAACUGACUUUGUUUGUGAAUGGUCAGCCACGGCCUUUGGAGUCCAGUCAGGUGAAGUACCUGCGCAGGGAGCUCAUUGAGCUCAGGAAUAAAGUCAACAACCUCCUGGAUAGCCUGGAGCCCCCCACAGAGCCUGGCCUGGCUGCUACAGCACCGGACAGUGAAUCAGUGGAUGUACGUGAAGGUAAAGUUGUGGCAGCAGACCCCACAGUGAAACAGGCAACUCCAGUCAGUGCAGCUAGCAUGUCAGCCUUCGACCCAUUAAAAAACCAGGACGAGGUCAGCAAGAAUGUCAUCUCUGCUUUCGGCCUGAGCGAGGACCAGGCCCAAGCUCCCCCAGCGGUUGCUGCAGAGGAGCGCUCAGGGACCCCUGACAGCAUCGCCUCCUCCUCGUCUGCGGCCCCUCAGCCAGGAGUGCCCCCCCAACAGGCUCCUUAUCCUGGAGUACAGCAGGGACCCGCAGCUGGCAUGGAUGGUCAGGUGUACCAGCAGUACCAGGCUCCAGGUGGAUACCCGCCUCAGCAACCAGGUGCCCCACCACAGCAGCAGUACAGUAUGCAGUACCCUGCAGGAUACAGCCCUCAGCCCGGGGCCCCUCAGCCUGGCCCACCACAGCCUCAGCAGCAGCAGUUUCAGAACUAUGCGCCUCCCUCCUCCCAGGCUCCUGCCCCUGGCCCGGCCCCAGCCCCAGGCUUCCAAGGUGGCCAGCAGCAGCCUCAUCCAUCUCAGGGAGCCCAGCAGUAUCCACCAGGAGCCUUCCCUCCCCAAAACUAUACCUCCCAGGCCUCCCAGCCCGCUAACUACAGCCUGCCGCCCAGCUCCCAGCCUGGCUCAGGGUAUCAGCCCCGCCCAGCAUAUACUGCACCUCCAGGCAGCACCGUCACCCCUCCGCCAGGAGCUGCUAACCCGUAUGCCCGCAACCGCCCCCCUUACGGCCAGGGCUACACUCAGCCAGGCCCUGGAUACCGGUAAAAGGAGGACAGCUGAUGUUACUGAUCCUCACACAUCCCCAAACCCCCCUACCCUCUAUGUGGCUCCAGCUGUUUGGAAUGGGUGCAGGAAACAUGGUUUACUGCUCUACACCCCCACCCUUUCCCCCCUCCUCCCC